AGAGAGAGAGAGUGGUGUCAGUCCAAGGUGGCAGCGGGGAUCUCUCCUACACUGAAAGUCCCAGCCCCCGCCUGGGGUGUCAGCCCUUGUUCUCCGCACCCCAGCACCUCUGGGAGGGGGGAGGGGUAGCGCUCCUGCCCUUGUCCCCAGCCCACCCUACAUCAUAGGCUGGGCUGGGCCAGGAGGAGCUUCUCCUGCCUUUUUUGGGGCGUCUCCCUGCUGUGCCCUGGACUUGCUGGCUGGCGCCCACUGACCCAGCUGCGGCAGAGGGAGAAGGGAGGCAACCCUGGCUCCCUGCAGCCAGGAUGACCGGAAGGCAGAGGAAGAGACUGCUCCAGCUUUCUGAUCUUCCUAGAAGUUUCUCAGAGGACUGGGAUCAGUGUGACAGAUUGCUCAACAUGUCCAAUGCCUUGGCCAAUGCGGCAUGCCAGCGCUGCCAGACCCGCUUUGCCCCUGCGGAAAGAAUCGUCAACAGCAAUGGAGAGUUAUUCCAUGAGCACUGCUUUGUGUGUGCGCAGUGCUUCCGGCCAUUCCCCGAGGGGCUCUUUUAUGAGUUCGAAGGCCGGAAGUACUGUGAGCAUGACUUCCAAAUGCUGUUUGCUCCGUGCUGCGGAUCCUGCGGUGAGUUCAUCAUUGGCCGCGUCAUCAAGGCCAUGAACAACAACUGGCAUCCAGGCUGCUUCCGCUGUGAGCUGUGUGAUGCUGAGCUGGCUGACCUGGGCUUCGUGAAGAACUCGGGCAGGCACUUGUGCCGGCCCUGCCACAACCGUGAGAAGGCCAAGGGGCUGGGCAAAUCCAUCUGCCAGCGCUGCCACAUGGUCAUGGAUGAGCAGCCCCUCAUGUUCAAGAGUGAUGCCUACCACCCAGAUCACUUCAACUGCACACACUGCGGGAAGGAGCUGACCGCUGAGGCCCGAGAGCUCAAAGGGGAGCUGUACUGUCUGCCCUGUCACGACAAGAUGGGUGUCCCCAUCUGUGGAGCCUGCCGCCGGCCCAUCGAGGGCCGUGUGGUCAACGCACUGGGCAAGCAGUGGCAUGUGGAGCACUUCGUCUGCGCCAAGUGUGAGAAGCCAUUCCUGGGACACCGGCAUUAUGAGAAAAAGGGUCUGGCUUACUGUGAGACCCACUACAACCAGCUCUUUGGGGAUGUCUGCUACAACUGCAGCCAUGUGAUCGAGGGUGAUGUGGUGUCAGCCCUCAACAAGGCCUGGUGUGUGAACUGCUUCUCCUGCUCCACUUGCAACAGCAAGCUCACCCUGAAGAACAAGUUUGUGGAGUUUGACAUGAAGCCCGUGUGUAAGAAGUGUUACGAGAAGUUCCCUCUGGAGCUGAAGAAGCGGCUGAAGAAGCUGUCGGAAAUGGCCUCCCGCAAGGCCCAGCCCAAGUCCGUGGGCCUCAACUCAGCCUGAGGUGCUGUCUGGGGCUUGCCACCCCAGGGUCUUGCUGGCUUCCUCCUCCUGCUGCCGGUUUCUGUCUGCCACCCCUGCUCCUUCUCUUCUCCCCAGACCCGUCUGCUCUCCCAUCUCUACCCUCUCUCCUCUGUUCAUCCUUCCUCAUUCAACUCUGCCUUCCUCCCGUCUCUCCACUCUCCUGCCUCCUCUCUGUUCCUUCUAUGGGGGUACAUAAAAGAGGGGCUGUCAGAGCUGGUGAGCCCAUGAUGGGUCUGUGCCUACAAAUUGCAGCCAAAAAUUAUUUAGGAACAAGAAUAAACCAUGGCCUAGGCUCACCUGGACAUGGGCCACAGUGCCCAGCCCAGACACCCCCAACCUGUGCCAUCCCCACAGGGAGCCCAGUACCUCACAUUCUUCCACAGAUGAGCAGUCUCUAUCCCAGAGACUGUGUACCCCUAAGACAGCCUCAGCCACGUUGACCUCCAGCCUCCAAUCCUUGGCCACAUGCUCACUCAACCACAUGCAGACUCCCUGUGCCCAGACAGGAACGGCAAGUCUUGCCAUCACAUCUCACAAAUCAGCACAAGAGACAAGUUCCCAAGACCCAAAGCCCUGUGGCCCCUGAAGCUCCUGCAGGGCAUUUGCUGGGGGACAGGGGGCUAUGAGGGACAGGAGUAGUGAUGAUCAGGCUGGUGGCCAUCUCUCCCUCCAGAUCUCACAGGACAUGGUGCUGGGAAUCACUCAAUAUUUGCAUAUUGAAUGAACACUUACUGACAUGA